CGCUCCCGGCAGGUGCGGGCAGAGCCUCGGCCGCGCACCCGCGCCGGCCCCGCCUGAUGUGCGCCGGGGCGGAGGCGGCGCCGGGCUGCGCGCAGGGUCCCGCCAUGGCCCUGGCGUUCUGCGGCGACGAGGGCAACUCCACCGCCUACAACGUGGACCACGGCGUGCUCAACAACGGCUGCUUCGUGGACGCGCUCAACGUGGUGCCGCACGUCUUCCUGCUCUUCAUCACCUUCCCCAUCCUCUUCAUCGGAUGGGGAAGUCAGAGUUCCAAAGUACAUAUACAUCAUAGCACAUGGCUUCAUUUUCCUGGCCACAAUUUACGCUGGAUACUGACUUUUAUCCUCUUGUUUGUGCUGGUGUGUGAAAUUGCUGAGGGCAUAGUGUCUGAUGGGGUCUCGGAAUCACGCCAUUUACACCUGUACAUGCCAGCUGGGAUGGCAUUUUUGGCAGCCAUCACAUCAGUUGUCUAUUACCAUAAUAUCGAAACAUCCAAUUUCCCAAAGCUGUUAAUCGCAUUGCUGUUCUAUUGGACUUUAGCUUUUAUAACUAAAACCAUCAAAUUUGUAAAGUUCUGUGAUAAUGGGGUUGGAUUUUCUCAGCUUAGAUUUUGCCUCACAGGACUUCUGGUUGUUCUAUAUGGAAUGCUACUAGCUGUAGAAAUCAAUGUCAUCAGGGUGAGGAGGUAUGUUUUCUUCAAAACUCCUAAAGAAGUUAAACCUCCUGAGGACCUCCAGGACCUUGGUGUUCGAUUCUUACAGCCAUUUGUGAAUCUGUUAUCCAAAGGAACAUACUGGUGGAUGAAUACAUUCAUCAAGACUGCCCAUAAAAAGCCAAUAGACUUGAAAACCAUAGGCAAGCUUCCCAUUGCUAUGAGAGCUCUGACCAAUUACAUUCGUCUUAAUGAGGCCUUUGAAGCACAGAAGAACAAAAGGUCAUCAUCUCCACAGGGAUCCAGAUCCAUUUGGCGUGCUCUCUGCUGUGCGUUUGGAAGACCCUUACUUCUCAGUAGCACAUUCCGAAUUCUGGCUGACUUGCUUGGAUUCGCCGGGCCGCUCUGCAUCUCUGGGAUUGUUCACAAUGUUGGAAAAGGAAAUAACACCAUUCGCCCACAGACCAAAAUUCUUGGUGUCUUCUUUAUUUCGUCUCAAGAGUUCCUGUCCAAUGCAUAUGUUUUGGCUGUACUCUUAUUUUUUGCACUUCUAUUGCAAAGGACAUUUCUCCAAGCAUCAUACUAUGUUGCUAUUGAAACAGGAAUCAACUUGAGAGGCGCAAUACAGACAAAAAUAUACAAUAAAAUUAUGCAGCUUUCAACUUCUAACAUGUCUAUGGGGGAGAUGACAGCAGGCCAAAUCUGUAACCUGGUUGCCAUAGACACAAAUCAGCUGAUGUGGUUCUUUUUCCUCUGCCCUAACCUUUGGGCUAUGCCAGUACAGAUAAUUGUGGGAAUUCUUCUGCUCUACUACCUUCUUGGAAUCAGUGCCUUAAUUGGAGCAGCAGUAAUCAUAGUCCUUGCACCUGUUCAGUACUUUGUAGCAACAAAACUGUCACAGGCCCAGAGAAGCACAUUGGAGUACUCCAACGAGAGAUUGAAGAAGACAAAUGAGAUGCUUCGAGGCAUUAAGCUACUUAAACUCUAUGCUUGGGAACACAUAUUCCACAGCAGUGUGGAGGAAACCAGACAAAAAGAAAUGACUAGCCUCAAGUCUUUUGCCCUUUAUACCUCCAUAUCCAUCUUUAUGAAUGCAGCAAUACCAAUUGCAGCUGUACUUAUAACAUUUGUUGUCCAUGCUCAUCUGACAAGAAAGGCUGACUUCUUCCCAUCGGUGGCAUUUGCCUCCAUCUCCCUGUUUCAUAUUCUUGUGUCUCCAUUGUUCCUGCUCUCCAGUGUGGUUAGAUCCACUGUCAAAGCAUUAGUAAGUGUGCAGAAACUGAGUGAAUUCCUGUCCAGUGAAGAAAUUGGAGAAGAGCAUGAUAAAUCUUCAGAGCUAAGAAGUGCAGAUAAUCACAGCAAGUACCAGGCGGUGCCACUCAAAGUUGUUAACCGCAAGAGGCCUGCCAGGGAGGACUGGAACAAUUACAGCUCUCACAUGAGAAGACCCAUUAAUAUCACAGAAGCAGAUGAUUUUUGUGUAAAGGUCACAAAUGGAUUUUUCACUUGGACACCUGAAGGUCCUCCAGCCUUGUCCAACAUUGACAUCCGAAUCCCUCAAGGUCAGCUAACAAUGAUUGUAGGACAGGUGGGCUGUGGUAAGUCAUCGCUCUUGCUGGCCAUACUUGGUGAGAUGCAGAAGAUCUCUGGCAACAUAUCCUGGAGCAGGAAAAGAGGCUCAGUAGCAUAUGCAUCCCAGAAGCCUUGGUUGCUCAAUGCCACAGUGGAAGAGAAUAUCACGUUUGAAAGCUCUUUUAACAAACAGAGGUACAAAGCAGUAAUUGAUGCUUGUUCCCUCCAGCCUGAUAUUGACAUUCUCCCUCAUGGAGACCAAACCCAGAUUGGAGAGAGGGGUAUUAAUCUGUCUGGAGGGCAGCGCCAACGUAUCAGCGUGGCAAGAGCACUUUACCAGCAGACAAAUGUUGUGUUCCUGGAUGAUCCAUUUUCUGCCCUGGAUAUCCACCUGAGUGACCAUCUCAUGCAAGAAGGGAUCCUGAAAAUGCUGCGGGAAGACAAGCGGACCAUUGUGCUGGUGACACACAAGCUGCAGUACUUGCCCCAUGCUGACUGGAUAAUUGCAAUGAAAGAUGGUUACAUCCAGAGAGAAGGAACACUCAAGGACAUUCAGAAAUCAGAGACUGAGCUUUUUGAACACUGGAAGACGUUAAUGAAUCGACAAGACCAAGAGCUGGAAAAGGAAACCACUGUUGAGGAAAACCCUGUUUUGGAAAGAACAAAUCUCCGGAGGACUAUGUAUUCCCGUGAAGCACUGCUGAAAGAUGAUGAAGAGGAUGAAGAAGAAGUAACAGAAAGUGAUGAUGAAGACAACUUGUCUUCUGUGCUGCACCAGAGAGCAAAGAUGCCCUGGAGAGCCUGUGGGAAGUACCUCAGUGCAGCAGGAAUCCUCCUCCUGCCGCUGCUGGUCCUGUCCCAGCUGCUGAAGCACACGGUGAUGGUGGCCAUCGACUACUGCCUGGCACUCUGGACUGAGGCUGUCAUCACUAACAAGCUGGAACCAGAGAUGAAAAACUGCUCUCUCUGCACGGAUUUCGACCAUUCUCCAUAUUCUAAAGUUUUCAGCAUUCUCUGCUGCCUUGGCAUCGUAUUAUGUCUUGUCACAUCAAUAGCAGUGGAGUGGACUGGUUUGAAAGUCACCAAAAAGCUACACUCUGCUUUACUGAAUAAAAUUAUUUUGGCUCCAAUGAGGUUUUUUGAAACAACACCUCUGGGAAGUAUAUUGAACAGAUUUUCAGCUGACUGCAAUACCAUUGACCAGCACAUUCCAGCUACCCUGGAGUGCUUGAGUCGUUCCACUUUGCUGUGUGUAUCUGCCCUUGCUGUCAUCUCAUACGUCACACCCAUGUUCCUCAUUGCUCUGGUUCCCCUUGCAAUCAUGUGCUACUUCAUCCAGAAGUACUUCCGAGUCGCCUCACGGGACCUGCAGCAGCUGGAUGACAGCACUCAGCUACCAUUGCUCUCCCAUUUUUCAGAGACUGUUGAAGGUCUUACCACCAUCCGAGCCUUCAGGUAUGAAGCCAAAUUUCGACAAAAACUUCUCGAAUACACAGAUUCCAACAACAUUGCUUCCCUUUUCCUUACAGCUGCCAAUCGCUGGCUGGAAGUUCGCAUGGAGUACAUUGGAGCAUGUGUGGUACUCAUAGCAGCUGUCACUUCUAUUACCAGUUGCCUGUAUAAUAAACUCACUUCAGGACUUGUAGGCUUGGGACUAACCUAUGCUCUUAUGGUGUCUAACUAUCUGAAUUGGAUGGUUCGUAACCUGGCUGACAUGGAGAUCCAGCUGGGUGCAGUGAAAAGAAUCAAUGGCCUUCUCAAAACAGAAGCUGAAAAUUACGAAGGGCUCCUUUCUUCCUCACAGAUUCCCCAGAACUGGCCAGACAGAGGGGAAAUCCAAAUCCAGAACCUCAGUGUCCGAUAUGACAGCAACUUAAAGCCAGUGCUAAAGCACGUCAAUGCCCACAUCUCACCUGGACAAAAGAUUGGGAUCUGCGGCCGAACAGGCAGUGGAAAAUCCUCCUUCUCUCUUGCAUUUUUCAGAAUGGUUGACACUUUUGAGGGAAGGAUUAUCAUCGAUGGUAUAGAUAUUGCUAAGCUCCCCUUACAGACGUUAAGAUCCAGGCUGUCAAUCAUUCUCCAAGAUCCUAUUUUAUUCAGUGGAACAAUCCGGUUUAACUUGGACCCUGAGAAGAAAUGCACUGACAGCAUGCUGUGGGAAGCACUGGAAAUAGCACAGCUCAAGCAUGUGGUGAAAGCACUACCUGGGGGUCUAGAUGCUAUAGUCACAGAAGGGGGUGAAAACUUUAGCCAGGGCCAAAGGCAGCUGUUCUGCCUGGCAAGGGCUUUUGUGCGGAAGACGAGCAUCUUCAUCAUGGAUGAAGCCACAGCAUCUAUUGACAUGGCAACGGAGAACAUACUCCAGAAGGUGGUCAUGACUGCAUUUGCUGACCGUACUGUGGUUACAAUAGCACACCGUGUGAACACGAUUCUCAAUGCAGAUUUGGUUAUCGUAAUGAAGAGAGGUGUGAUUUUGGAAUAUGACAAGCCAGAGGUUCUGCUAGAACAAGAAGACAGUGUCUUUGCUUCUUUUGUACAAGCAGAUAAGUAGUAAAAAAAAAAAAAAAUUUUAGAUUACAAUUGUAUUAUUUUCUAUAAAUGUAAAAUACCUGUAAAUAAAUAUUAUUUCAUAAUAAAUUGAGCUUUUCCUUUUUUAAUAAAAUGAGCCAUUUUUCUCCAUCUAAAGCAUUAAUGAAUUAUCUGUGUACUUUACUUUUUUGUAUACAACUACUCUUCUUUUUAUUUGCUACCAAAGAACCGUGAAAUAUAGUUGAGAAAAACUACAUGGGUGAAGUGCAACAGGAUACACACCAAACAAACAUAGCCAGCAUGGAGUUUUUAUGUAACUCUCCAACCUCUCCUGUCAUUUAUGAACAUGUUAUUUUUUUAAUGUGUCAUAGCCCUACUGUAAAUAACGCUCGUGACUUACUAAAUGCAGAAGGAAAAAUUAUAUACCAAAGGUAUUUCUCAAAAGCUUGUAUCUCUUUCAAUCAUACGACUUUGUAAAGCUUUAAUAUCCAAAUAUAAAAUCUAUAAAACA